CGGAGCUGGAAGAGUCCGACCGAGCCACUGACCGACGGAUCGAGGGUUUGAGAGAGGGACAGGGAUCGGGACCCUGAGCGGGGUCGAAGACGCCCGGGCCAGCCCCCAGGUGCGGGGUCGAAGGUACCCGUCCCCCGCCCGAGAUGCGGUAGGAGCGGCGCGCGCGACAAGCCCCGUCCCCGGUGCCACCAGCCCGUCACCCGGCCCAUGGCGAGCCCCGGCCUGGGGCUGCUCUUGGCGCUCGGCCUGUCGCUGCUGCUGACCCGCUGGGGCCGGGUCUGGGGGCAAACACCGGACCCCACUGUAAGUGGGAACAGCACCAUUACACCCUCUGGCCCCAGCCCUGGCUCCAAUGGGGCCCUGUCGCAGGAGGCCACCAUUGCCAUCAUCGUGGUCUUCUCCCUCCUGGCUGCCGUGCUCCUGGCCGUGGGCCUGGUACUUGUGGUGCAGAAGCUUCGGGAGAAGCGACAGACGGAGGGCACCUACCGGCCCAGCAGCGAGGAGCAGUUCUCCCAUGCAGCCGAGGCCCAGGCUCCCCAGGACUCCAAGGAGACGGUGCGGGGCUGCCUGCCCAUCUAGGUCCCCUUCCUCUACCCAUCACCCUUCCUGGCUGUGUGACCUUGGGGGAAGGCAGAGCCCUCUCUGGGCAAUCAAACGCACCCAGCGCUUAAGAAUAGAAGGGAAGAAGGUGCUUUGAAGACUCUGCCCUUGAGGGCAAGGGAGACUGAGCCUGCUUACUUUUUAUAUAUAUCUAUGCAAUGGGCAGUGCGAAGUAAUACAACCUUUCUGUGAGCUGGUGGGGGCAGGAGUUAGCCUAGAUGGAGGAGACAGGCUGUUGAGAGAUGAAUUGUAAGGUCUCGAGGGUCCUAGGGGCUGGGAGGGCUUCCUGGAAGGGAAAGGCUUUUAGCUGCACCUAAGAGCCAGCCGCAGGGGAGGCUGCCUCGGGAGGGAAGGUGGGGAGUGGGGUGGGUUUCUGAGCAGGAACAGGGCUCCCAGGUAAACCCACCAGGAAAAACAAGCUUUGGGCUCUCGCAGCUUUAUUGAGGGG